UGAAUUAGUUUACAUUGAACCGCCGUGUGAGCGACAUCGUGUCGAGUUCACCCGGGUUAAAUUAUUACGAUCCACGGAAGCGGUUAAUUUAACAACAAGUACGAGUUACUUUAAGUGAUGUUUUGAUAAAUAAUUAUUUAUUUUAAUCAGUGAAGUGAAAUGAAUAAAGUGGUAAUGAAAUGUGGGAAAAGUGAUGAGUGAUUUUAGUGGAUUAUUUAUUUUAAAAUAAAUACAUAUUUAGGAAGACCGAGAAACGGAAGAGAGGAAGUAUUGGGUAUAGUGCAAAGUGUGUGCUGACGUGUCUUGAGAAAGUAAGAGUAAGAAGACCUUGGCGGUAAUUUAAAGUGAUAAAAGAGAAGGUGGAAGGUGGAGGAUGUACCCUAGUGCUGGUAUUAAUGCGGCAGCUGUGGCUGCGGCAGCUGCUGCACGUCACCCGGGCCCACCGCAGCCCGGCCAGCCGUUCAAGUUUACGGUGGGCGACUCCUGCGACAGGAUUAAGGAGGAGUUUAAUUUUCUUCAAGCACAGUACCACAACAUGAAGUUGGAGUGCGAAAAAUUAGCUACCGAGAAAAUAGAAAUCCAACGGCACUACGUUAUGUAUUACGAAAUGUCAUAUGGUCUGAAUGUCGAAAUGCACAAGCAGACGGAAAUAUCUAAGAGACUGAAUGCAAUAAUUGCUCAAAUCCUGCCAUUUCUAUCUCAGGAACACCAACAGCAGGUACUGACGGCUGUAGAUAGAGCUAAACAAGUCACGAUGUCUGAACUUAAUUCCAUUGUUGGGCAACAACGACCAGACAUACCCAGGCUGUUACAGCAGAUGCACGCCCAGCAAAUGCCGCCUGGAGCGGCUAUUGGGCCACAUCCCGGUCUACCUGGAUUACCUGGUCUAGGUCCAGCCGGUGGACUUCAGGUUCCUACAUCCGCUUCCGCAGCACUUCUUGGCCUUGGACUUACGCCGGGUGUUGCUACGACUGCCGGUAGUAAUUCAGCUCAUCCACUUGCCAUACUUGGAAAACCGGAACACCAUCGGGGCCAACCAGAUGAUCUUAAAAGCAACGGAGGGCUCAGCUCGACAGAGGAACGACACCGAAGUUCGAUAUCGCCAGGCGAUAAAUACAGUAGACCGAGAACACCACAAGAUUCACAUCACGGACAUUCACAGAACCAUCAUGACCAUCCAAUGCAUAUUAAAAAAAUGAAGAAGGAGCAGGACAAAGACAUAGGACAUAGUGACGGUGAAAAAAGUGACCAGGAUUUGGUGGUAGACGACGCAAGCGAAGAGCCAACGAGUCCUGUUGUUAACGGAACAUCAUCUCCGCGCGAAAACGGACUUGAAAAAGGCUCCUCGUUAAAUUCAAAUGCCCAGACUAAUAAAAAAGAUAUACCGCCACACUCGCCGCGAAGUGGAACGAGCAGUAAUGCAAGCACGCCGUCGGCGAAGAAGAUGGAGGAACGUGAGAAACCAAUGACGCCGAUAUCAAAGCCAAUGACACCGACCUCGGCCUCGGGCUGUGUCAAGGCUACCAGUUCGAGCAAACUUCUGCAGGGACCACCGCCCCAGGGAGUUGCUGGAGGUUAUCCUUCACAUUACCCUCAGGGACCACCACCGCAUCAUCUCCCGCCGGCUGGGUUACAUCCUCACGUAGACAUGAUGGGUUACAACGGAUACGCUGCGCCACGGGGACCACCCUCGCUUCAGCAGCUCUAUGAUCCCCAUAAUGCCAUAAGAGCACCCGCAGGUGCCGUUGGAGUACAUGGUGGCAAACCAGCUUACAGCUUCCACGUGCCAAGGGAGGGUCAAAUGCAGCCCGUGCCAUUUCCACCUGAUGCGCUUUCCGGACCGGGAAUCCCACGGCACGCGCGCCAGAUAAACACUCUCACUCAUGGCGAGGUUGUGUGUGCGGUGACAAUCUCCAACCCCACUAAGUACGUUUACACUGGGGGCAAGGGCUGUGUCAAAGUCUGGGACAUUGGCCAGGGCGGCCGCAGUACCGGUCAUGGUCCAGUUUCCCAACUCGAUUGCCUCCAACGCGACAACUACAUCAGAUCAGUAAAACUGCUGCCUGACGGCCGAACGCUUAUCGUCGGUGGCGAAGCUAGCCAACUCAGUAUCUGGGACCUGGCGAGUCCGACACCUAGAAUAAAGGCCGAGUUGACGUCCGCAGCACCUGCUUGCUACGCUCUCGCAAUAUCCCCCGACUCAAAGGUCUGCUUCAGCUGCUGCAGCGACGGCCACAUCGCCGUCUGGGAUCUACACAACCAGUCUCUCGUCAGACAGUUCCAAGGACACACGGACGGUGCCUCCUGCAUAGACAUCUCCGCAGACGGGUCCAAACUCUGGACCGGUGGUCUCGACAACACCGUAAGGUCUUGGGACCUCAGAGAGGGCAGGCAGCUCCAGCAGCACGACUUUACCUCCCAGAUAUUCUCCCUGGGCUACUGUCCCACCGGCGAGUGGCUCGCCGUCGGCAUGGAAAACUCAAACGUUGAGGUCCUCCACUCAAUAAAACCCGACAAGUACCAAUUACACUUACACGAGUCUUGUGUCCUGUCGCUUAAAUUCGCCUCCUGCGGCAAGUGGUUCGUCUCCACCGGCAAAGACAAUCUACUGAACGCGUGGCGUACGCCAUAUGGUGCCUCCAUAUUCCAGUCAAAGGAAUCAUCGUCGGUAUUGAGCUGUGACAUUUCUGCUGAUGACAAAUACAUUGUCACUGGUUCUGGUGACAAGAAAGCUACUGUAUAUGAAGUCAUAUAUUAAUAAAAUAUAGGAGAUAAAUAAAUAAAUAAAAAGAUUUAUAAUUUAAAUGAAUUUUAAUUGACGAGACAUUUUCGCGUGCGUUAAUUGUCGUUGUAAAUAUUUU